GCUGUCUCUCGCUCUGCACAAGGGGUAAGGAAACUUGUACGUCCUUUGAAACCGCUGCAAAAAUGGUGUUGAAAGCUGUCUGCGUGUUGAAAGGAGCUGGGGAAACAGCCGGAACCGUCUACUUUCAGCAGGAGAGUGAUUCAGACCCUGUGAAGCUGACAGGAGAAAUCGCAGGCCUUGAGCCUGGUGAGCAUGGUUUCCAUGUCCAUGCAUUUGGAGACAACACCAAUGGAUGCAUCAGUGCAGGCCCGCACUACAACCCUCACAACAAGACUCAUGCUGGUCCCACUGAUGCAGACAGGCACGUUGGAGACCUGGGCAAUGUGACAGCUGGAGCAAAUAAAACUGCCAAGAUAGACAUCACGGACAAGAUGCUUACCCUCAAUGGCCCCUACUCUAUCAUUGGCAGAACCAUGGUGAUCCAUGAGAAGAAAGAUGACCUGGGAAAAGGAGGCGAUGAAGAGAGUCUAAAGACUGGCAACGCAGGUGGACGUCUGGCCUGUGGCGUCAUUGGCAUUACCCAGUAAACAAUGCACCAGAUUGUAGAGCACUGGAAACCACUUUUUCCUUCUAGCACUUACAAGACCAACAUAGCUACUUGACAUGACAGUUUGUCAUUUUUUGAUACUCUGGCUUUUUAUCAUUGAGUCCAGAGAGUAGAUAAGCCAUGCUUUACCCUUUCUGUUCUACAUGACUAUUGUUUGUAUGGGUUUAUAUUUCUGCUGAGUAGUUUUUGUUCCAAAGAAUUGUUAAUGCAAGUAGUGAACGGAUGUGUACAAUUUACAGAGCUAAUCAAUAAAUUGUCAAUUCAUCUGAA